UUCAUCAAGAGUUCAAUGAUUUUUGCAAAAGCUGAAAUAACACCAGAAUUGCAAUUACUACUAGACGUGGACUUGAUUAAGGUCUGGGAAACUGACAAAGCACUCUCAUUGCCAAUGGUGUCUCGAUAUCAAAACGUGUAUGUCAACAUCAGCAGCUCUCAACUUGAUGACCUAUGCCUGUGGGUAUAUGAUAUGAGAAAGCUGUAUAACAGUAAAGGAAGAAGUUUGUUUGAGGUAGUUAAUAAGAGAGCAAGUAUGCCUCAAACAUUGUCUAGUCUAACAUCAGCUGCCGAGAGUUCACAAAGAUGGGUACAUGGUCUGGAUCUCAAUGAAACUGAUAAAUGUAUUAUACAAGGCAAGUGUGCCGACGGCUUUCUAACUGACAAGCACAUGCAUGCUGCUCAUCAGCUUCUAUUAAAGCAGUUUCCCUACAUCAGUGGACUAGAGUCAACACUCCUUUGCCAGACUUACGGAUUCGCUCAUGUAACAAGUGAUGCUAUUCAGAUUCAUUUUACAGGAAGUCAUCAUUGGGUGACUUCAACCUGCUUUGGCAAACAAGUACGACUAUACAACAGCAAUGCUGGCCUACACUUGUCUCCUUGUAUGGAAACACAGCUGACGCAAAUUUAUCAAUUGGCUCACAAAGACAACAUUCUCAUGGUAGAACUAAUGUCAGUGCAACAGCAACAAAAUGGUAAAGAUUGCGGGCUAUUUGCAAUAGCAUAUGCAUUUCAUGCAGCUCUAGGAGAUGAUGCAACCAUCAAGCAUUUUGAUAUUUCCAAAAUGCGACAACAUCUGAUUUACUGUUUGGAUUGAGAGGAGCUCUCACCU